CUCUCACAACUCAGGUUUCAAAAUACAGAUAUCUAUUUAUUAUGCUUCGUAACUUGAGGAUACAACCAACUGCAAACAACGGGUUGCGUGGGUUACGUCGCUUGGCCACUAUCGCCGAUGCAUCGGUCAAUCCCAACAGAACCCACGGAGGUUUAAAGGAUCAGGAUCGUAUCUUCCAAAAUGUUUAUGGUAAAUAUGGACAUGAUAUCAAAUCCGCCCAAAAAAUGGGAGAUUGGUACAAAACCAAAGAAAUCAUAUUGAAGGGUGACAAGUGGAUCAUUGACGAGAUGAAAAAGUCCGGAUUAAGAGGAAGAGGUGGUGCUGGAUUUCCUUCUGGUCUCAAAUGGUCGUUUAUGAAUCCUCCAGGAUGGGAAAAGAAUGCUGGUCCCAGGUAUUUGGUAGUCAACGCUGAUGAAGGUGAACCAGGUACUUGUAAAGACAGAGAAAUCAUUAGAAAAGACCCUCACAAGUUGGUGGAAGGAUGUUUAUUGGCUGGUAGAGGAAUGAAUGCCACUGCUGCUUACAUCUAUAUCAGAGGAGAGUUCUACAACGAAGCCAACGUCUUACAGGAAGCCAUUAACGAGGCGUACGCAGCCGGAUUUUUGGGUAAAGACGCUUGUGGCUCGGGCUACCCGUUUGAUGUGUACAUUCAUCGUGGUAUGGGAGCUUAUGUAUGUGGUGAAGAAACUGCAUUGAUCGAGUCUAUCGAAGGUAAGGCCGGAAAGCCAAGAUUGAAGCCUCCAUUCCCAGCCGGAGUAGGAUUGUUUGGUAGACCCACCACCGUUGCCAACGUGGAAACUGUUGCCGUUGCCCCAACUAUCUUGAGAAGAGGAGGAGACUGGUUUGCUGGAUUUGGCCGUGAAAGAAACGCUGGUACCAAGUUGUUUUGUAUUUCUGGUCAUGUCAACGAGCCAUGUACGGUUGAAGAAGAAAUGUCGAUUCCUUUAAAAGAGUUGUUGGAAAAGCAUUGUGGAGGUGUCAAAGGAGGUUGGGAUAACUUACUCGGAGUGGUUCCUGGUGGUUCUUCUGUUCCAAUCAUGCCCAUCGACGUGUGUGAAAAUGUGUUGAUGGACUAUGAUGCUUUGAGAGAUGUGGGAUCAGGUUUGGGUACGGCUGCCGUCAUUGUGAUGAACAAGCAAACUGAUAUCAUCAGAGCCAUUCAAAGAUUCUCUGCCUUCUACAAGCACGAAUCUUGUGGGCAAUGUACUCCAUGUCGUGAAGGUACUACCUGGUUGAACAGUAUGAUGGACAGAUUUGUCAUUGGACAAGCCAAAGAAAGAGAGAUUGAUAUGAUUUAUGAAUUAACCAAAGAGAUCGAGGGUCAUACCAUUUGUGCCUUGGGAGAUGCUGCUGCUUGGCCAGUUCAAGGGUUGAUCAAGUCUUUCAGACCGGUGAUGGUUGACAGAAUCAAUCAGUUCAAUGAGAAGCAUCCCGACGUGGGAUACGGUGGAUGGGUCAAGUCCGGUAAGACGUUGGACGGGAAAGUGGUGGACAACCCCAUGCCAGCUUCCCAUCAUUAAUCAUAUUCACUUUCCUUCCUACCCUAUUUAAAACUGCAUAGAUACUAUAUAAUCGCUUUCGUGUUGUCAUGGAGGUUGUAUACAUUAUUAAAUAUAUUUUAGAACUAUAA